AUGAAGUGCCUCAACAUGAUCCUUUUGUUUGUGACUCUAGCUAUCGGAGCUACCGCAGAGGCUUCCGUGCGGACAUGUGAACCGAUUAAAGUGGCGAUGUGCAAGAACAUUGGUUACAAUCAAACUGGCAUGCCGAACCUGGCACGGCAUACAUUGCAAGUGGAAGCUGAUGUGACUCUACAGACAUACAGUCCCUUAGUUCAGUACGGGUGCUCCUCACAAUUGCAUUUAUUCCUCUGUUCUGUUUACGUCCCGAUGUGUACAGAUAAGGUCGCGCUCCCAAUCGGACCAUGUAGGGGGCUUUGCGAGAGUGUUUACUCUAGGUGUUAUCCCGUCUUAAGAGGGUUCGGAUUCCCCUGGCCGUCGGAGCUCGACUGUUCGUUGUUCCCGGCUGAAAACAAUCAUGAACAUAUGUGCAUGGAGGGUCCCGGCGAGCGAAUGCCACCGAUCGGGACGAUCCCGUUGGAUGCGGCUACGACAACUGGACGAGGCGCUUGUCGCCGGCUCGUGAAACCGAAUAGCUGGGUUUGGGUCCGGGGUACCGGGCGGUGUGCGCAGUUUUGUGACGCGGAAGUACUGUGGGAAGCGGGCGAGCGGAGAGCGGCGGAGGUUUGGCUGGCGACCUGGGCUGCUCUGAGUUUCGCGUGUACCCUGGCCGCCGUCGGAGCUCAACUGGCUUGUGGGGACAGAGGCGGAGCAGGGGAACGGGCGCUCGUUCUGGUGGCGCUGUGCCGAUGCGCUGCGGCUGCCGGCUGGGGAGUCCGCGCCGCGGCUGGCCGGUCAGCCGCUGGCUGCGCGAAGGACUCCAUGUCUCCAACUCGCAUGUUACUGGCACACGACGGCUUGGCGAAUCCCAAUUGCGCCGUCGUGUUUCUGCUGUUGUACUACUUCGGGCUUGCGGCAUCCGUUUGGUGGGUGGUUGUAGCUGGUGCGUGGAGGGCCAGCGUUCUCCGGCCACCAGCUAACCCUGGGACCGCUCGCAACGAUCGACACUCCUCUCUGCUCCAACUGGCGGCAUGGGGCGUGCCAGCCGCUUUAGCCGCCGCUGUACUAGUCACCAGGGACGUAGACGCGGAUGAACUUACUGGCACAUGUUUCGUGGGGAACCAAUCGAGUAAGUCGUUGCUCGCCUUGGUAAUCAUACCAGAAGCGAUUUGUUUGCUCCUCGGCAGCGUGUUCCUGGCUUCGGGGCUCCGCGCGAUCCUGCAACGGCCGGCGCCCGUUCCUGCUCCAACAGCUCUCCUGAACACACCCCCACAGCCACAUACCGACCAAAGCUUGCUGCGACUGGGCGCGUUCGCAGCGCUUUACGCCGUCCCGUCCACCUGCAUCCUAGUCACGUGGAUAUACGAGUACACAUGGCGCGACGACUGGCUCGCCGCCCCCGUCCCCUCGAUGGAGCCCUCGACGCAGCCGCGUCCCGCUUUCUGGGUGUUCUUAUUUCGAAUUUUCGCAACUCAAAUCCUAGGCGUCAUGGUCGCAGUGUGGAUAGCGACGCCGCGCUUGAAAGCGCUUUGGCGCCGGAUCUCGGGCCCCACGAAGCCCGCGAUGGCGAAGUGUCCGGCCGGCCCACCUCAAGCUCCAUUAACGCUGCAGUGCUACGCCGCCCACGCGCACACACUGCCGCGACACCCACACAAAUACGCGACGUACAGACCGCCGCAACACCAAUCGUACAGGAAACCGAGGCAUUACCAUUAUUCGGCUGGCGAGACCAUUCUA